GCAUAUUUUAAUUGUUCGUACGUCUUGUUUAAGAUAGCUGGCGAAGCAUAUCAGUACAAGUUUUAUUUUUAACAGUUGAAUGAAUCAUCAAAAUAUUUGCUUGGUAUACAACAUUGUCAGAUGAAAAUUGACUUCUGUAAGAUUAAUCUACAUCUGGAAAUAUGCUCAGUCAAAUCAUACCAUUUAGGCUGACUUUUGUGUUGAUACUGUAUAUGAGGUUACUAUUAGAGACUCAUGCUGUUCCAACCAUCUGCCAAACAUGUACUUGCCGAGGAUCUUCGAUUAAUAUAACUUGUAAAAAUCGAGGACUGAUAUCAGUCCCCCAGACCAUUCCCCCAGAUGUCGUAUCUUUAGAUCUCAGCCAAAAUGAAAUCACGACUAUUAAAAAAGAGUCUUUCCAAGGUCUUAGCAAUUUAAAACACUUGUGGCUGCAUGAUAAUAAAAUCACGAAUAUUAACGAAGGGUCCUUCCAAAGCAUUUCCAAUCUAAAAGACUUAGAUUUGAGUCAAAAUGAAAUCAGGAAUAUUGAAGAAGGGUACUUCAAAAACCUUUCCAAUCUCGUAAACUUAUCACUUCUUAACAAUAGCAUCACGAAACUUGAAAAGGGAGCAUUCCAAAAUCUUCCCAAUUUAAUGAUCUUAUAUCUGAAAAACAAUGAAAUCAAGAAAAUUGAAAAAGGAAUAUUCCAAAGUCUUGUCAAUUUAAGGAUCUUACAUCUGGAAAUUAAUGAAAUCACGAUCAUUGAAGCAGAAUCCUUUCAAAACCUUCCCCGUUUACAAACCUUAUGGUUGUAUAGUAAUAAAAUCAUGAAUAUUGAAGGGUUCUUCCAAAAAGGUUCCAGUCUAAGAACCUUAUCUCUUCUUAAAAAUGACAUCAAAAGCAUUGGAGAAAGAGACUUUCAAAACUUAACUAAUUUAAUGGUCUUAUACCUGGAACAUAACAAAAUCAAGACGAUUGAAAAUGGUGCCUUCCAAAAUCUUGUCAAUUUAAGGAGAUUACAUCUGGAUAAUAAUGAAAUCACGAUUAUUAAAGAAGGAACCUUCCAAAAUCUUCUCAGUUUAGAAACCUUGUGGCUAUAUAACAAUGAAAUCACAGAUGUAGAAGAAGGAUCCUUCAAAAGCAUUCCAAAUUUACACACCUUAUCACUUCUUAAUAACAAAAUCACGAAUAUUAAAAAUGGAACCUUCCAAAAACUUCCCAAUUUAAAGAGCUUAUAUAUGGAAUAUAAUCAAAUUAAUAAAAUUGAAAAAGCAACAUUCCAGAACCUUGCCAAUUUAAAGAACUUACAUUUGGAUAAUAAUAAAAUCAUGGGUAUUGAGAAAGAAACAUUCCAGAAUCUUACCAGUUUAGAAGCCUUAUAUCUGUAUAAAAAUGAAAUAAAAAAUAUUGAAGAAGGUGCCUUUCAAAAUCUUGGUAAUUUAAGAAUGUUAUCUCUCCUUCAUAAUGACAUCACGUAUAUUGGGGCAGGAACUUUCAACACCCUUGGAAAUUUAAGGACAUUAAAUUUGAGCAAUAACCGAAUACAAGACUAUGAAGACGGCACUUUCUUAUUCCUAUCCAGCAUAACUAACAUUGACUUGAGACACAAUAGCAUGGCCUGUAGAUGUCAUCUGCCAGCUUUUGUUGAUUAUAUGAACCAAGAAUAUAGCAGACAUGUGAAUGUUUUUGGCUCGUGCCUAAAUGAACAGAACAGAUUAAUAGAAAUAUUGAAAUAUUCGCAAUGUGAAAGCUACAAACUUUUUCAACAGAAUUUGCAAUGUCAAACAUGUUCGACAAUCAUGUGCACUGAUUCUGAUGUGACAAGCUGUCCAGGUGCCGAGCCUGUAUGUCAGAAUACAGUUUCAAUGACUAGUGAAACACGGAAGUUAAAAAGAUUCUGCAGCACAUACAGAAAAUGUACUGAAGCUAUGAGAAAUAAUGCCCUUACCUGUAAUACGAAGAGUAGUGAAACUUCUUGUGUUGGUUGUUGUACUGGAAAGUUAUGUAGCAAGAGCGGUUUCAAUGAGUGGUAUAAUACUUUUGAAUUCCAUCUGAUUUACACUGUGAACCCAUCUUUGACUUCUGGGAGCCAGAACCAAUUGUUAAAUAAAGACAUAUCCAAAUCUCUGGAACAUGAGUUUUUAAGCAUGACAGGCGUAUUCGAAGUUGAACAUUGUGGAAUGCAAUCAAAUAAAGAAAUAUUUACAAUAUCUUGUGCAGUACAAUACAAAACCACUAAAGAUCAAGUUGAGCAGAAUAUUCGUGAUAUUCUGAAAACAUCGCAGACAUUGCAUAACUUGGGGAUUCGACAAGAUGACGUGGAAAUAAUUGGUAAAAGGGCGAUUUGUAAUGAAGACACAAUAUUAACUGACAAUAUAUUUCUCAUCUGGCCAAUAACAAAAGUAGGAACUUUUGCAACGAUUCCAUGUCAUGCGAAUAUAGCAACAAGAUACUGUUCUUCCAGCACAGCUUUACAGCAAGAAAUUCCAACAAGCCACUCGAAGAUAAAACAAAAGUGUACACCAUUUACUGGUGUCUGGCAAAAACCAAACUUGUCUCAAUGUAACAAUACAAAAUGGAUCAAUCAGAAACUCAAAGAUAUCAAAAUACAAAACAUUGAUGAAGGAAAUAUCGAAAAGUUCUCAAGACAGCUCUGGGAUAUUUCAAAGAAAUCAGUCUAUUUCAAAGAAGAAGAUUUUCAAUUGGCUGUGGACAUUCAUGAGAAAAUGGUGCCAUUGAUAUCGAAGGUGUCCACCAAUAUAACAUUGAACAAUAUACUGCUUAGUAUUAACAAUAUGGAAGACACACCAGAGGGGAUUUUGGAUGGGACAGAACAAUCUAAUAGAAGUGUCACCAGAAUGCUGAACAUUAUAGAAACAAUCCCAGACAAGAUUUCACUGGAAGAACAGCAGGUCACAGUUUUAUAUUCAAAUCUUGGCAUUGGUGUUAUCAGAGUGGAAAAGGACACUUUCAAUGGUGCCUCUUUUGGUGUUUUACCUAGAAAUCAGGAAACUAAAGCCAAGACAUUGAUAUACAGCUCCUCACAGCCAGAAGAUACAAUGAAGAUCUCCAUUUCAUUGCCAAGGAGUUUAUUUAAACAUCUGAAAAACGAAGAACAGUCGUCCGUUUCCAGGAUUUCCUUUUUCUUCAUUGAGGAUGAUAAACUAUACAGGGUGAUACAAACAUCUUCUACCAAAGAAUAUAGCAAAAUUACCAGUCAUAUUAUUUCUGCAAAUGUUCUUAACAUUCAGAUAACUAACCUUGAAGAACCAGUAAAAAUAUCAUUCAAUUUAGUAUAUCAGAACCAACAGUGUGCUUAUUGGGAUGAAUCCUCUGGUCAGAAACCACGUUGGUCAACCAAUGGCUGUAAUACAACCACCAAUGGUCCUGGAGAUAAAGUAGUUUGUUCCUGUAAUCACCUUACAAGUUUUACUCUACUGGAUGUCGAGCAGCCCUCAUUUGUUUUGUCACACGUUAGCUGUGGAAUAUCAUUAGUCUUGCACAUUCUUAUAGCAAUUUUUUAUGGUUGUAUCAAAAAGCUGCGGAGAUGUUUGGCAUCAAAGAUUUUGAUAAGCCUGUGCAUUUCAUUAGCUGUUGUUAAUAUCAUCUUCCUCAUUGGGAUGCAGCCUUAUGCCUUAAAAACAACAGCUGCUUGUAAGGCAGUGGCUGCUCUGUUACACUACUCCCUUAUAGCAACUGUCAUGUGGAUGGGUAUCAAAGUUUUUCAUGCUUAUAUAGUUUUGGUUACUGAAGGGGAAAGCUACGAAAAAUAUUUUAUGAUCGUGAGUUCAAUUUUGGCCUGGGGUCUUCCAGCUCUCAUUACUCUGGCAGUUAACUUCACAAACAAUUACAUCAGAGUUGCACAAGUCUGUUGGUUAUCCAAGACAACUUUUUACAUUACUUUCCUGACACCUGUGGUGAUAGUGUGCAUCUUCCAUAUUAUCUUCAGUUUUCUUAUACAGAAAAUUAUGCGAAGACACACCAUACAAGAACAGAAAAGAACAGCUUUUCUUAGCUUCAUUUGUGUGUUUUUCCUAUUGUUCCUGCUCAGAUUCUCAUGGUUAUUAACAUUCUUAGCUUUUGAUGAAGCAGCCGAAGUGUUCGACAAGCUCUUCAGUAUAUUCAACCUCUUACAAAGUCUCCUUAUCUUCUUAUUUUACUGUAUAAACGAGAAAUAUAUCAGACAUCUCAUCUGCAAGUGUGCAUGGAAUCAAGAGGAAGAGAAAACUAUGAACAGCAGCCAAAACUUACAAAUGCAGGGACAACCAAGGAUAUCGAAGCAAAGUACAUCACCGCAAAGUACAUCACAGCAAAGUACAUCACCGCAAAGUACAUCAUCGCAAAGUACAUCAUCGCAAAGUACAUCACAGCAAAGUACAUCACAGCAAAGUACAUCACAGCAAAGUACAUUACAGCAAAGUAUAUCACUGCAAAGUACAUCACUGCAAAGUACAUCACAGCAAAGUACAUCACAGCAAAGUACAUCACAGCAAAGAACACCUCAGCCAGUUGAGAAUUCAAGGCUGACCGAAUCGGAUCUCCUACAGGUGGCAAAACAUUUAGGACCAAACUGGAAGCAUGUUGGUAUCUUUCUGGGCAUUGAUUUAGUCAGCCUAGAAAAUAUCAAGCAUGAUCAUGCUAAUAACAGUCGAGAACAGAGCUUUCAGAUGCUAACAACAUGGUUUAGAGGCUCCGAUUGUAAGACAGAUAGAGUUGAAAUACUCAGAGAAGCUAUUGAAAAUGCUGAGUGUUACUAUGCACUUGAACAUCUACCAAAAGACAUAAAGUAAAUUUCUGUGUAAAUGCAGAUGUUGUUUAGCCCCAGGCCAACCUUGGCUAGACAGAAACCUAUGAUCUAAUGCAUUCCAGCCAGAAUCGAUUUUCACAGAUCAUUGCUCAUUUUUCUAUAAAAAAACUUUAUGAAUGUAUAUUUCAAAAUAAAUCCAUAGAUUUAAAAUUUAAUAA